AUGAAGAUGCAAAAUGAUGAAUCUGCAGCCUCCACCAGCACCAGUACCACUACCGUGGCAACCAAAUCCAUGGUGUCAACAUGCCACUGUUGUUGUUUGGUGACAAAACUGAUGAGGAAACUCAAGAGACGUGGCCGCACACUGCGACCAAAAAGUGCGAGUCGACAAGGUUCGUUCCAAUGCCGCUAUGACCCGUUGAGCUAUUCCUUGAACUUUGACUCCACUGGAUGUGGCAGCUUAAUUGAUGAAGAUUACUAUAAGUUCUACGCUUUUUCUUCGAGGUUUGUGGCAAAUCCAAGAACCUCAUGCCCCGUUCUUCAACUACCAUCUGGGAACUCCCAUUAA